CUUGAUUCAGUCAUGAAACAUUUGUUGCUUUUUAGUGUUUUGUGGCUAUUGACAGUUGAAAGGAGCAUCGCUAUAAAAUGCUAUGAAUGUCAGAGUGUUACAGAUAAUAGAUGUAGUGAUCACUUCAAGUUGCCAUUUUUAGAAGCAAUAGUCGAUUGUGAUUUAGAACCUAACCCAAUGGGAUUAAACUACAGGGCAACAUUUUGUCGCAAGAUUAAACAGAAAAUCUACGACCACGUGAGGAUAACAAGAUCGUGUGGAUUUAUACAUUCGAAUAGCACCAAAAAUUGCACAACUUCAACAUUAACUGAUUCCACAUCUUCGCAAUAUUGCGAUUGUUAUGAUGAGUUAUGCAAUAAAGGCAGAAGAAGCAUUACAUCUCGUAAUUAUUUACUAUUACUGAUAAGUACAUUAAUCAGUACAUUAUCACUGUUUGCAGUAAUUACAAAAAAUACAUAAUGACAAGUGCUUUGGUUUAAGAUCACGUUUUAUUCACGAGUUGUUUUGGGAUCAAAAUGCUCAACUGAUAAGACAUUCCGUGAGUGUGAGAAGUGGAAAUAAACCUUAAAGAAAAUAGUGGUUGAAAAAUUCAUUCUACAAAAUUCAGUCGUUCGUUCCAGUAUGAAGAAAUAAGGCACAGCAUGAAAUUAAAAAUUGCAAAAUUGACAAGAAUUCUCAUAGUUUUAGUAUUUAUAGCUACUGAAGUUGAUGCAAUCAAAUGUUAUCAGUGCAAUAGUGUUUAUGAUCAAGACUGUAGAUUACUCAAAUCUGACCGUGUUCAUAAAUUAAUUAUGGAUUGUGACAUAUUCCAAAAAAAUAAUUUAACUGCUUCUUUUUGUCGGAGUGUUUACCAAAAAUCGUAUAGUGGAGACGUGCGACUAACAAGAUCUUGUGGAUUUCGACCGCAAAUGAAAUUAAAGACUAAUCAGUGCACCCGAAUAACAUUUGGAGAUUCUACUUAUUCAAAUUAUUGCGAAUGUACGACAGACUUGUGCAACAAUGCUUCUAAAUUUAGCUUUUCUUACCUCAUAUUAUUCGUGAUAUUAAUAAGUAUAGCACAGAUUAUCAGAAAUUUUUUGGAAUCUUAAUUUAA